AUGUUGGGCAACGGCCGCUGCGACGUGCAGUGUGUGGACGGAGUUAAGCGGCUGUGCCACAUCCGGGGUAAGAUGAGAAAGAAGGUUUGGUGCAAUCAGGGCGACAUUGUCUUGGUUUCCCUCCGAGAUUUCCAGGACGAGAAAGGCGACAUCAUCACCAAAUACACCGCCGAAGAGGCCCGCAGCUUAAAGGCCUACGGCGAGCUGCCGGAGAACGUGAAGAUCAACGAGACAGACAUCGGCGACGGGGAUGACAGCGAGGACGGUGUGGAGUUCGAUGAG